CCGGAAUCGAAUAGGCAGGCAGGCUCGUCACGGCUUCCACGCUCAACUCAAGUCGUCGUUGCGUCACCAACUCAGCAAUGGGAAGCAACGCUGAAGCCGGACCUGCCCUCAACCACUUCCCAAAGCCGUCUUCUCUUCAGCGUCUCAGCACUCUUCUUCUUUGACAUACCACUUUGUAUUGCUUUUUGCUUCGAGCUCUUUUCCAUUACUUUGCGUAUCGUCUUCAGCUUUACUUCAUUGAUCCAACACUAUUCAUCGCCAGCAUCAACACGCCAAGAUGAGGUCGUGCCUGUUGCUCAGCGCUCUCGCCGCUGUUUCGACUGCUUCCAUUGGCAAUGGCAUACUCGAGUCCAACUCUACCACGAUCAUCGACGAUUCAGACUGGCCUGAUACAACCACCGACACCAAUUCUGUCACUAGACCUCCAUUCGUCGGGCCGUCUCAUAUCCUCAUCUUCCCACCCAGCAGCAUCUCCGCUCGACCAUCCAGCAGCCUUGCCAAGCUGCCUGCCAGCAGGAGCACACUUUCUCGCCGUAGCGAUGGCGCAUCCGACGGGGAUCAAGACAUCUUGGUUUCAAUCAGUGGCCGAGACCUGAUCGAUGACCCUGACGAUACGGAUGAUGGAGAUAAUCACGACGAUGACGACCAUGAAGAUGGUAGCCUUCUAAGCUCUGCAAGUGAAAUUGGCACAGGGAUUGCCACUAAAGUGCUUUCAGCGGUCAGUGAGUUCUUCCUAGGCCCAAGCACCACCAAGUCGACAAGCACCGCCGAGUCGACAAGCACCAGGGACAGUGAUCAAGACUCAACCGAUGACCCAGACGACAGCGAUGAUGAUGAUGAUGAUGAUGAAAGCUUUUGGGAAACCAUCACAGAUGGCCAGAAGUCGAGCCUCAAAUCUCGGGGUUCCAGCAAAAUCAGCUCAUUACUCGAUCCAACCUCCACCGAGUCGGAGCAAACGAUGUUCUCGGACUGGCUACUUCCAUCGUCAUCAUUUGAGAGCACGAUGUUCGGUCAAGCAGCGAUCGAUACUCGUACCAGAUCACGCUUGUCUUCGUCUUUACCAACUCGUACCGGAGCACGCUCAUCUUCUCCUUCGCGUUCCCGUACCAGACAGACCUCGACAUUCCGCACUCGUACUCGUACUCGCACAAGAUCAAGAUCAUCCAGACUAUCAAUCACUAGGUCAAGCUCGUCCAGUCU